AUGGUUGUGCCGAAUGACAGGUCCUCGAAGCCUCGGAUCCGAGAUCUGGGUUAUGCGCCUGGGAGAUUUGCACCAGGGCCCAAAAACUCCAUUUUGGACAUUGAUGGUGUUCAAGUCGGUCAAGUCACCGUACACCAAGAACCCAGCAUCCAUACAGGCGUCACUGUCGUCCUGCCCCGAGGCCCUGAGAACACUGCCUUGUAUCCAUGCUAUGCCGCCACCCAUGGACUGAAUGCCGCGGGUGAAAUGACAGGUGCUCAUAUGGUUUGGGAAUGGGGCCACCUUGCUUGUCCAAUUGCAAUCACAAACACCAUCAGCGUAGGGAAGGUUUACGACGCUGUCUUCCUCUGGUGCAUGGAACAGUCACGAAAAAGAGGAGAGGACGAUAUGGAAGCUCUAAGACGCUUCACGAUUCCCAUCGUGGCGGAAACAUUUGACGGAUACCUCAACGACAUCUGCGCGUCGGUAGUGGACAGAGAGAUGGUUAACGAGGCGAUAGCGGCAGCCCAACGACAGUCCCAAGUUCUUGAAGGUAACCACGGUGGCGGCACUGCCAUGAUAUGCUCUGGUUACAAGGGCGGCACCGGGACAAGCUCGCGGAUCAUCCCUGGCCCAGAUAAGGCUUACACUCUUGGAGUUAUCGUACAAGCCAACCAUGGCGGGAAGCCAGAUCUACGAAUUGCCGAUGUUCCAGUGGGAAGACUCCUUAUUGAAGAAGAUCGCAAGAAAUCAGAUGAGGAAAGUAAAAAGAAGCCAGGGCCACCGGAGGGAGGAAAGGCCAUGGAAGGCAGCAUAAUCGUUGUCGUUGCAACGGACGCACCUUUACUUCCACAUCAACUCAAGAGAAUAGCUCAGCAUGCAGGAGUUGGGGUAGCCCAGGUCAGUGGUCAUUCGGCUGGAAGAAACUUUUCCGGCGAAAUCUUCCUGGCCUUUUCCACGGGAACAUCACCAAACAAGCUUGCAGAAGCAUCAAACGGAAUGGCCUAUCUGCCGCCUGUGGAGAAACAAGGGGUGGAGACUGUGAGGAAUGAAACCAUUGACGCGUUACUGUAUGCUGUGUCUGAGGCUACAGAGGAGGCUAUUUUGAACGCAUUAUGCCAGGCGGAGACCUUGAUAGGGUUUCGAGGGAGGACAAUCGAGGCUCUACCGCUAGACAGAGUGCAGGCCUUGUUGGAUAAGUAUAUGGUGCCUAGAUAG